GAAGGGGCUGUGUGCCCUAAUCCUCAUACAGGGUCCCCCUCCCAGUGCUGGCAUGGUCCCUUCUGGGGACCCCGGCCUUUUCGGAUCCCAGCCUUGUCCUUCCGUGCUGCUCUCGCUCCCUUUGGGAGGACGGGCAAGGCUUGCUGAAGAGCAGCAGAGUUUUCAAUCCCCACCUUCUCCUCCUGCUGCCCCGCUCCUUUCUGGGGGCGCUCCCACGCUCGUCCCAUCCACCUUCUACGCUGAAGCGACCGUCUCAUCAUUGCUGCUCACAGCUUCGGAGAUGGUGUCCACCCCCCUCAAAGGGCAGCUUUGAGGACCUGCUUUAAUCCCCCCUCUCCCCAUGAAACCACCCUGCUCAUCCUCCUCCUUAUUGGAUCCGAUUUGGGCAUGGGGAUCUCAGACUGCCAGUUCCCCUUGGCUUGGCCACAGCAUGUGGAGUUUUCCAACCCUCCUCCCUCGUUUUCCCUCCUUUCUCCACUUCCUUCUGUCUAGUUCUGUAAUGGGUGUCCAUUAGCACAGAGCCACCAAUGUUUCUUUCGCCCCAGCUAGCCUCAGUUCAACCUUCCUUGUGAAUGCCCAAGUCCAAGGAGCUUGUGGAAACAACCACUUCAGACAGUGGAUCUGAUGCUGAGAAUGAAAAGAAAAGGAAAAAAGAGAUGCCGUCCAAGCCAGAGAAAAGACCAAAAACUGAGGCCAAAACUUCCAAGGUGGCAACAAAAAGUCAAGGGCAAGACAGUGAAGAGGAGGGCAUGUUCCAGAUUGGGAAGAUGCGCUAUGUCCGCGUGUCCUGCUUUAAGGGGAAAGUCCUUGUGGAUAUCCGAGAAUUCUACAUCGAUAAGGAAGGGGACACUAAACCUGGGAGAAAAGGGAUCGCCCUAUCUGCCGAACAGUGGAACCACUUGAAGGAAAUCAUUCCAGAUAUUGAUGCUGCAAUCAAGAAAUUCUAAGAUGUUGUUUAUUUAAAAUCCUGUAUUUUUCCUUUUUUUUUUUGUUUUUUUUUAAUUGCUGUUCUGCAUUGGAUUCCAUCCAGGAGAAAGGUUCAUUUGUUUAGAUUGUGAUAAUGCUCAAGGGGCUAGCGAUUGCUCUAAGGUUUUAAAAUAUAAUGUGGAACAAAUGCAUGAACCUAGAUUCAGUUUUGCUAAAAGAGCCUUUAGCAUCUUCAGCCCCUGCCUGUCCCUAAUGCUUUGCAUAGUGAGUGAUCCCAUCAGUGAUCUGCUGCAUGUAAGAGUCUGACUUCUAACUGGCAUUUCCUGAACUAAAUGGCUAUUGACUAUCAUGCAGAGCUGUCUAGCUGCUCCACAUCUGUUGCGAUCUUCCACUUGGCCGAAUAUUUAGUAAGCAGUUUAGUCCAGCUACCUCCUUGCCACCCUUCCACCUCAUCUAGGCUCUGGAAACGCUGCAUACAGCAUUCUGGCUAUUUCCAUUAGCUUUUGUGUUUGGAACAAUUCCUGUCUCUUCCCCCCACCCCCCUUGAAGAAGGGGAUUGUAGCCCUUCAGCAGGGAAAAUAGCAUGUAGUGGAGGAAUAUGCCCAAUAAACUUGUUUGCAUUACAAAAAAAAAAGUGUAGUCUUCCCUGUUGCUGGUAACUUAACUCCCUGUUUUGUCCUCUUAGUUGUGUAGUGGUGUCAGAUUUCCUUCCAUAGGGAAAAUAAGUGGUUGAGCAGUGGCCCUGCCUAAGAGUUUAAUCUCUCUUUAAAAAAAAAAAAAAAAAAAAAAAAAGAGCCCCUAACUUUUGUUAUAUAGAAUUGAUGAGCUACCUCUCUUGGCAGAAUAUAAUAAAUAGUGCAGGCCCCAGAAGGCCCUCAACUAGAUCAUCUAUUCUGUCAGAGGGGCAGUAAUUACUUCAUAAGCGUACGAAUGACUAAAGAGGGAAAUUAAAAGCCGAAGAAGGGAGAACCUUCCUUCCUCUGGUGGAGGAAAAUCCCAGUAAAACUCCCCGGGCCCCACACUGAACGGGUAGCAUGAGGAUUCCUGUUAUUUAAGGCUAAACAAACUUGAAUACUGUUAAUCAACAGGGGAACAAGCAAAGCCUCUCGGCAUCUAGUGCUCACAUUCUAUUUCAGGUACUUAUCUAGCCCUUGUUGCCAUAGUAUCUGAGCACCUCCCACUCUUGAAUAUAUUUAUCCUUUCAACCCCCCGGUGAAAUACUAACUGUAUUUUACAGAUGGGGAACAAGGGUCAGAUCCUCAAAUGGACUGAGGCACCUAACUUCCAUUGAGUUCAAUGGGAGACAUGGUUCUAGAUCAGUGGUCCCCAACCUUUUUCGACGGGCCAUGGAGGACCAUGGCGGCAGACGAGCA